AUGGGCCUGCGCAAGAAGGAAGCAGAUGUGAAACAUCGUGUUCACGAACACUACUACAGUCAUGCAAAGGAGUCUGCCGACAUACAUAUCAUCGAGAAUGUCACAGAAUACCAAUUGCAAGACUAUGUUGAUCUUCACUUUGGGAAUGUGGGUUGGGAUUCUCGGAUUGUGAAGCUGGAUCCACGGUGCUUCGGCUAUGGAUGCGCUCGCCCAAGGAUUUAUGGGAUCAUUUGGAAUGUGGCCUACAUGGGCCAAUGGAACCCCGACUUUCCAUUCCUAGAGGUCUUAUCAGCUUUGCAGGCUAGGCCAUGCAUGACGGCUGACGACUUCUUCUGGAGCAAACCCCAAUCAUCAUCAUUGUCUUCUGCGCAGGCUUCACGACGAGUCAUGGAUCCGGUGGAGCUGUUCACUACGCACGCCUUGCCUCUGACAUCUGACCAGAGCGAAGCUGCUGGAGCACCCCCACUGGGCGUUGCUUCUGCCUCCAAAACUGCAUCUGUGAGGAUGGCUGGGAACGCUAUGUCCCUCCCUUGUGUGGGGGCCAUCAUCGUGGCAGCAAUCCUUGGACUCAGUUGA